AUGUCCACCGAUUACAAGUUCGAAGGAUGGGUAGCUCUCGGGCCGGACGCGGCCGAAGGAAAGAUGGUCUGGCAGGAAUUCGAGCCUAAGCCAUGGGAGGAAACCGAUGUUGAUAUCAAGGUCACUCACUGUGGUAUCUGUGGCUCGGAUAUUCACACUUUGCGCAGUGGAUGGGGCCCCACCGACUACCCUUGCUGCGUUGGCCACGAAAUUGUCGGAACAGCUGUCCGGGUCGGAUCCCAGGUUGAGGGAGAUAUCAAGGUCGGCGACCGUGUCGGUGUUGGUGCGCAGAGCGGCUCGUGCCAGAACAAGGAUGGCGACUGUGACGCCUGUGCGUCUGGCAUCGAACAGCACUGCACUAAGAUGGUCGGCACGUACAACGGUACUUAUGCCAACGGUGGCAAGUCGUAUGGUGGCUACUCCACGUACAACCGCUCUCCUUCACACUUCGUUAUCAAGAUCCCCGACGCCAUCUCCUCUGCCGAUGCGGCGCCUAUGCUCUGCGGUGGUAUCACUACCUACUCGCCUCUUAAACGGAAUGGCUGUGGGCCCGGAAAGACCGUUGGUAUUGUUGGUGUUGGCGGUCUUGGCCACUUUGCUAUUUUGUUCGCCAAAGCACUCGGUGCUGACCGCGUCGUGGCUAUCUCCCGCAAGUCCGAUAAGAAGGCUGAUGCGCUUAAGCUCGGUGCGGAUGACUUCAUCGCCACCGGUGAGGAAGAGGACUGGGCUACCAACCACGCUAGCUCUCUCGACUUGAUCAUCUCCACUGCCUCUUCUUCCAAGAUGCCAAUUGUCCAGUACUGUGGACUUUUGCGUGUUCACGGUACUUUCAUCCAGCUCGGUGCCCCCGAAGAUGGCAGCCUCGAGAUCCCAGCUUUCGUGCUUAUCCUCAAGGGCAUCAAGCUUGGUGGCUCAUUGAUCGGUAGCCCCGGUGAGAUUCGGGAGAUGUUGGAGUUGGCUGCUGCCAAGGGUGUCAAGCCUUGGAUUCAGGAGCGCCCAAUGACGGAUGCCAAUCAGGCAAUCGUGGAUAUGGACAAUGGUGAUGCUCGUUACCGCUAUGUUCUCACGAACGAGCAGUAA